CCCCCUUCGCAUGUUCAUGGAUCUGAGUUUCCAGUAACCAAGCCUAAGAGACUCCCAGAGAUAGAAUCAUCGGAUAAACAACUAACAGAAAAGAAAAAAAAAUGUUAUCAGCAGAAAAGGCCAGCACAAAAGGACAAGCAUGGUUCUGCACCACUGGAUUGCCAAGCGACAUUGUAGUAGAAGUGGAUGACAUGACCUUCCAUCUUCACAAGUUCCCUUUGAUGUCAAAAAGUCGAAAGCUACACCAACUUAUAACCCAGCAAGAAGCAACUCAUUCCUCUGUCGCCAGAACCCAAACAAAAGAUGAGGACGACUACGAUGAAGACGAAAUAGUGGAAGAACAAUGUCACGUGACUUUCACGGGGUUUCCUGGUGGCUCAGAGGCGUUCGAGACGGCGGCAAAAUUCUGCUAUGGCGUGAAGAUCGACCUGUCCCCUUCCAAUGUGGCUUCACUCCGUUGCGCUGGCGAGUUUCUCGAGAUGACGGAGGAUUACUCGGAGGAUAACCUGGUGUCCAAGACGGAGAGGUUUCUCUCUCAGCAGGUGCUCAAGAGCCUCAAGGACUCCGUCAAAACCCUAAAAUCAUGCGAGAGAAUCGUACCUAUGGCGGAAAACCUCGGCAUCACGCAGCGCUGCAUCGACGCCGUGGUUUCAAGAGCAUCAUCUUCGGAUCCCACGCUGUUUGGAUGGCCGGUAAGCGACGGAGUUGGCGAAGCCGCUCGUGGAUCCGUGUCCAAACAGGUUCCACGGAACGGAAUCGAUGCUGUAGCUGGUGGGAGAAGGAAAGGCGGUUCUGGUGGAGGUGGUGCGGAUUCGUGGUUCGAGGAUCUCGCGGUUCUUUGUUUGCCGUUGUUCAAGCGGUUGAUUGUUGCGAUGAGAAGCGCGAAUCUGACUCCUGAGAUUAUUGAGAGCUGUGUUAUGUUCUAUGCGAAGAGACACAUUCCCGGCGUUUCGAGAUCGAGUCGGAAGCCGGUGCCAUCAUCGUUGACGGAGGCGGAGCAGAAGGAGCUUCUGGAAACGGUGGUCUCGUACCUUCCUUUGAAGAGGAGUUCGAGAUUGCCGUCGGCGACGGCGACGGCGACGAGGUUCCUGUUCAGGUUGCUCCGAACGGCAAACAUAUUGAACGCUUCGGAGGCUUGCAGAGACGCGUUGGAGAAGAAGAUAGGAUUGCAGUUCGAAGAGGCCACACUCGAUGACCUUCUCAUACCGAGUUAUUCGUACCUCAAUGAAACGCUUUAUGAUGUGGAAUGCGUAGAGAGGAUCUUGAGUCACUUCUUGGAUGGCUUGGAAGCGAGGAUCGAAGCUGGAGAAAUCGAUGGUGGUGGUGAAGGCAGCGCCGCGAGGUCACCCGCGCUUAUGCUUGUAGGAAAACUCUUCGACGGUUACCUUUCCGAGAUAGCUUCGGACGCGAAUCUCAAGGCUGAGAAAUUCUACAACUUCGCGAUCUCACUUCCGGAUCAGGCCAGGCUAUUGGACGACGGUCUCUACCGUGCCAUUGAUGUGUACCUCAAGGCACAUCCAUGGCUAUCAGAAUCGGCGAGGGAGAAGAUUUGUGGAUUGUUGGAUUGCCAGAAACUCACACUCGAGGCGUGCACGCACGCGGCGCAGAACGAGAGACUCCCACUCCGAGCAAUGGUUCAGGUGCUGUUCUUCGAGCAGCUUCAGCUACGGCACGCCGUCGCCGGAACACUGAUAGCGGCGGAAGCGGCGGCAGUGGAGCCAGGGAGGCUCUCUGCGGCGGCGCUGGAGAGAGAAGGGGAAGAGGAAGAGGGAGUGGAAACGUUAGACUUAGAAGAUGGGGGCUCACAGGUGCAGGAGGAGAGGAGUACGUGGCGGGCUGCUGUGAGGGAGAAUCAGGUGCUGCGCCUCGACAUGGAUAGCAUGAGGACGCGGGUGCAUCAGCUAGAACGCGAGUGCUCCUCUAUGAAGAGAGUGAUCGAGAAUAUAGACAAGGCGGGCCCAAAUGGAGGCGGAAAUGGUGGUGGCUGGAGGGCGGCGCUGGGAAGGAAGUUCGGUUGCAAGUUCAAAACGCAGGUUUGCGAUUCGCAUGAGUCGACGGUGGUUGAUGCACGCAAGGGACGCCACCAACAGCAGCAACAGCAUCAUCCCCAUCAUGAAUAGGCAGCACGCUAAACUUGCUGUUUGGCUCGUCACGUGAGGAUCUUAUUGUUGGAGUAAAUUUGAUUUGAUGGGAUCCCUCCUGUAAUUUUGAUUAAUUAAUAUAAAUAAACUUAUCAUAUAUUUAUUCCA